AAGAGGGAAAUGCAACAGGUUCCUUUUCUGUGUGGAUGUUUGUCUUGUCUUUCAGUGUGACAUAUAUACUUCUGUGGGGUUUUUUUCCCCUUUUGCAACUGUCCUGUAACAAUAAAAGAAAGAGGAGAUCAGAGCCGCGCCGGAACUAGCGCAGCGCCGGGCUGCCGGAGCCGCUCGCUGUUUCUCUCCAACGUCUGUUGUGUGGAGUGGUGUCUCCUGCCCUCUGACAUCUUAGAUGCAGCCCAGGAGGUCCUACUAAAGGACAAAUCCCCCAGCUGCUGCUCUAUGGCCCUCCCCGGCUCACGUUUGGCAUCCAAAGAGCAGAUCCUGGAGAACAUCUGAUCUCUGGUCAGGCGGAGCGAGCCUCAAUAGGAAACCCACCUGAGACAGAACACACAUGGGGCAGUGGGAAUGGAUGGGGGGAAGGAUGAACUGAAGAUGAUGUGUUGAUGUGCAAAAAUGAAAACAGCAGCUGAUGUUGAUCAGGAGGAGGAAGGCUGUUAAUUCAAAGCAUGCUACUCGUCCACGUUGGUUGAAGAUAGAAACAAUAUGCUGGAGUGCCACUGUGCUCUGGGGUGGGACUCGCUUGUCCAUGCGCCGGGGGUGGGUGGAAGAGGCAUGUGGGGAGAACGCCCCCUUGGCACUGUGUCCAGGGGAGGGAGCUGGAGAAGGGAGGGAAAGGGGAUGGCUUUGCCUGGCUUGCUCCACUUUAAAUACCUUUGCACAGAGCUCUGGCUACUGUCAUAAGAUCAGAAGGCUUCACCUGGAGUGGCAAAGGGACCUCCCUGAGUAGGCACCGCUGCCUCUGCAACAUGGACACGCAGCACUGCAAAAUGAAUGGUGACCCUUUCCAGGAAUCUAUGUACAUUGAAGAGUCCUCAAAUAAAAAUGGUGUGAUUUCCUUGAUUUUCUCUCUGAAGGAAGAAGUUGGGGCAUUGGCUAAAGUUCUGCGCACAUUUGAGGAAAAAGGUAUAAACCUGACCCACAUUGAGUCUCGACCUUCCCGUCUCAACAAAGAUGAAUAUGAAUUCUUCAUUAACUUGGAAGGCAAGAACGUUCCAGCACUGGAUGAGAUCAUCAGGUCCUUGAGAAAUUAUAUUGGAGCAACCGUCCAUGAGCUUUCACGAACAAAGAAGAAGGACACUGUGCCAUGGUUCCCAAGAAGUAUUCAGGAGCUGGACAGAUUUGCUAAUCAGAUCCUAAGCUAUGGAGCGGAAUUGGAUGCCGACCAUCCUGGGUUCAAAGAUCCUGUGUACCGGGCCCGGAGGAAGGAGUUUGCAGAUAUCGCCUACAACUACCGGCAUGGCCAACCUAUUCCUCGAGUCACCUACACAGAAGAAGAAAAGAAAACAUGGGGCACUGUCUUCAGGGAGCUGAAGAGUCUCUAUCCAACUCAUGCUUGUUAUGAGCACAACCACGUGUUCCCACUGCUGGAGAAGUACUGUGGCUACCAGGAGGAUAACAUUCCACAACUUGAGGAUGUUUCAAAAUUUUUGCAAACCUGCACUGGAUUUCGCCUGCGUCCUGUUGCAGGCUUGCUCUCCUCUCGGGACUUCUUGGCUGGGCUGGCAUUCCGAGUAUUUCACUCUACGCAGUAUAUUCGCCACGCGUCCAAACCCAUGUACACACCAGAGCCUGAUAUUUGCCACGAGCUUCUAGGACAUGUGCCUCUUUUUGCUGAUCCCAGUUUUGCUCAGUUUUCCCAGGAAAUUGGACUGGCAUCUCUGGGAGCUCCAGAUGAUUUCAUCGAGAAACUCGCUACGGUUUAUUGGUUUACAGUGGAGUUUGGACUAUGUAAGGAAGGUGAUUCACUCAAGGCAUAUGGCGCAGGACUGCUGUCUUCAUUUGGGGAACUGCAGUAUUGUUUAUCAAGUAAGCCUGAGAUUCAGCCUCUUGUCCUGGAGAAGAUUUCUGUGCAGAAGUACCGUGUUACUGAGUUCCAGCCUGUCUACUAUGUUGCUGAAAGUUUUAAAGACGCAAAAGAAAAGCUAAGGAAAUUUGCUCAAAUGAUCCCUCGUCCUUUCUCUGUUCGGUACAAUCCCUACACCCAAAGGAUUGAAGUCUUGGACAAUGCAAAGCAGCUGAAGAACUUAGCUGACACUAUCAAUAGUGAGAUGGGGAUCCUUUGCAAUGCCCUGCAGAAGAUAAAGUGAAGAUUUGCUAUAACUUGCUAAUUGCUGGCUACUGGCUAGAAGCUGCCAUGUGCAAAUGCCAGUCUUCAUCUAGUUUCAGUCUAUUAUCUUCCUGUGUACUGCAUGAAUGCUUAUGUUAUGUAUCUUAAUUACUAUAGAUUAGCAGAGAAAGAGACACCUGCAUGCUACCCUUGAAUCUUUUGGCCUUCAGACACUAAUCCAAUUUUUAUCACUAAUGCAUAAAAAUGACCUUAAUACUGGGAAUCUGGGGAAAGUCUCCAUGUCUCUUAUGCCAAAGGUUAACAGAAUAAGACCUCCACCCUGCAGAGCUAUAGUCUGCUGCAGCUGUGAAGUUGCAUUACCACCCUGGGGCCAGGGAUGGGAUAGUAAUGACUAACAGACUAAUCCACCUUGAUUUUUUUUCACAGUUGUUCUCCCUCCAGUUCCUCACCUUUGUGCAAGGUUCCCAUGGACUCCCAAAUUCUACACCUAUCAGGGGGUAUACAUAUACCACUUGGCCCUCUGUAGCUCUACUUCUGCACACAAGCACUUCUAUCCUGAUUUUUUUUUUUCCUAAAAAUAAGAUAUUGCCAUUGAUCCAAAGCACAGAUGCCAACGGAAGAGACUGCAAGUAUGCUGCAGCCUCACUAACAAAGAUUUAUCACCAUGAAUAAACACACUGUACUUGCACAAGCACCAAUCCUGAAAGGGUCUUUGCAGGUCAAGAACAUUGUAUGCUGUGGUGUGACAUUAGUUUGCAGAGCAGAGUUCCUGAGCAAGGCACUGACGCUGCCUAUCCAGAGCAAGGAGUCUGUGCCUCAAUACAGCACCCAUAAAAAAACCCUUCAGAGGAGAGUUACAUAAAGGCAAGGCUGUGUGUUUUUUUGUGGUUGGAUGUGAGGUCAGUUUGUCAAUACCUCAUGCAAGCAAGAAACCAUGCAGAUGUUUUAACAUAACAUCAAGGCCUUAUUAUUAAUAGUCCAGUCUCAGGGCUGUGCUGGCUGCAAUAUUGUGUAACAUCAUAGAUUCAGAGCUGAUUCAGGACCAGCUAGCUUACAGAAGGGGGACACUUCUCUUAAUAUAUAUAAUCAGCUACUCACUGUGGAAGGCUGAUGAGUGAAGUCUACUUUGUGUUGUGUCUGUCCUUCUCUGAGAGUGUUUUAUUCAGAACUUCUACAAGCUGUCUUCUAACUUUCUGGACUCACAAUCCAGGAGGUGGAUACCAACACCUUGUACAUGGAGAAGUGGUUCUUACAAUGCAUCUGAAGGUCUCAGAGCCUUCCAACUCCUAACUCACUGUAUCUGUGGCCAGAGUCCCCACCAAAGCUACGGAAGACCUGGGUUAGCUGUGUCCCAGUCUAAGUGCAUUUGAACCCAAACCUGAUAUAUUUCGAGACAGGUCCUAAGUCAUAAUACUUUUUGGAGUCUCCUUCCUUCUCCCACUUGAGCUCUACUCUCCCUUUUUCAUUUAAAGCAGUUUUAUUCUUUCUGGAGUACAACUUGACCGAGGCAGCAAAUGGAAGCAAGGAUGAAUCCAGCUUAACUCAAUGGCUGAGUCAUAGAGACAGAAGAGCUUGUCUGUUCAAAGAGCUAUUUCAGUAUUUUAUCCAACAACUUUCACUGAAAGCAGCUAAAUGCCCUCUUGGACUAGUCCACAUUGUAUAAUGCCUCCCUGUAGCUCUUUAGUUGAAGGAGGAAGGAGAUCAGCACUGCUACAUUGGAACAGAACGGAGCAAAGCAAAGCAGAACAGCAUUUGAAACAAUUCUGUGUCAUGAUACUAACAUGAUUCAGGAGUCAUGUUCCUGUUAGGAGAUCCAAACAUGGAGAGGGAUUUGAAUGUCCACAGGUCUUGUACCUACUAUUGUAUUACUCUCGUAUUUAUAGUUUGAAAAUCAAUGAAGCUUUAAUGUAAGCAUCAUCCUUUAGGAAGACAGAAAGUACAUCUGUUUCCAUUAUAUUUAUGGUGGGUAAUAACAUUAAUCUAAGCAUACCAGCUGGAACCCUUUUCAAAAGACAUAUACUUAUGCAAAAUGGUAUCAUUUUGGUGCUUUGAAGUAAGCUUUUUUAUCUCUCUAUCCUUUUUCUUUUUCUUUUUUUUUUUCUUUCUCAUGACAAUGUCUGUGUAGAUCUUUCAGUCCUGCUUGGCACGUAUUUUCAGUGUGAAAGGAGCCCAUAUUUUUCUCUCUUAAUAUAAUAGGACUCAUAAGGCAACUGUGUAUCACAAAGAAACAAAUUCAUCUCAAGGGUGAAGUCUUUCAGACUAAUCCUCAGACAGCUUUCCAAGCUCCUCUGCUUAUGCUUGUUGUUAUGAGUGACAGCAGCAGCAAAUCUAUAGUGAUAUUGAGAACCCAGGAUUUAUGGUUGUCUUUUUUGUGCAAGUGGAAUGGUUUAAGAGUAUUGAUGUCACAUAUCCAAUUCUGUGUCCCUUAAUGCAGGUUUAAAUGAGCAAUAACUCCAGCCAAAGCAGCUUAACACAGCUGUUCAGCAAGACUGAGAGAAGAGGAAAAGUUUAAAUGCUCGGUAUUUUAAAAACAGAGGAAGUAUACUGAAAGCAGAUUUUCUCGCAGAACAAAUUAGCCUGUGCAUAUGUGCUUUAAUAAGUUGCAUUUUAAAUAGUGCUUCUUAAUGUGUGACUUCUUAUUUCCAUGCUAAAAAAAUAUAAGUAGUGUAGCAAACUGGCCAGUUAUCUGGCCAGUGUAAUUUCUCUUUGCUAGGUAACCACACAGGUCUAUCAGUAUUAAAUACCCAGGUAGGUGGCAUGCCCAUUUGAGGUGGGUUCCAGCUCAAAAAAGGCUGUCUUGCACUGGUUGAGUAUCACUCAUCCAGACAAGAUCAUGAAAAUUAGAUAUAUAUAAAAAAAUUCUUGAUUUAUGUGAUUACCUAGAAAUAUAGAGCAAAGCCUUGAUUGCUAUACCUUUGCAUACUCUGGACAUGUUUGUAUGCUACUCUGACUAACCUAUCCCAAACUACUCUUCUAUAUAACCUUCAUCUCUUCUGUCCCACUAUGAUCACAUUUCUUGAUGUCCUCAUCUCCAGGCCUGUUUUAGGUGACCAAAGAAGAACACUCAUGAGGCCCUCUUCCUUUGCAGUGACCUUGGCCAAGGUCAGUGAUGGUGAUGGAGCAGGGAGUUGUCAGCACAGCUUGUACAGAAAGGUGGUGUCCUCUGAAUUUCCUAAGAUACCUAGAUACAGUGGCAGCCUUGGAGUAAGGAUGCAUUAUUCCCCAAAGAUGCAGAAAUUGUUCAAAGAGGGAUUAAGCACAAAAGGACUCAACAAGAGUGCAUUAUUUUAAAGCUUGUCUUUUCACUGCUUCAAACCAGUCUGGCAGCUGGCAGAGAAGACUUUUUUCAUAUUCAAAUGUAACCAUAUAAACUAACCUAAAUAAACAGAAAUAUUAAUGCUG